AUGCCUAACCUGUACCACGGCGCACGGCCCGAACAGCUCGAUAUUAGAGUCCGCAGAGAGCAAAGCCGCACGCUUAUAAUGUAUACCAGCCAUCCGAUACCGCCACGUACACCAGAAGGAAAGCCUGGUUUCGUAACGACACAGAUCAAAACGUGGGGCCUUACUAGCGAUGCUGAUACAUUUCGCCAAGGCACUUCUGCAUUCCGCAACGCUAGGGACUGGGCAAAAGAACAAAGAGAUAAUGCCAUUCAGCAAGCAAAUGAAAGGGUAAAACGAGUGGCGUCGUUCACGGCCAGCGGUUUAGGCCUUGAUUUAGCGGAUGAAGGGUCUGGCGAGGACACUAUUACCACUAGCCAGGAAACGGUUUUAAGACCUCAUUCACAUUCACACAAAUCACGCUCCUAUAACUCCGACACAUCUGCUGAUGAACUGUCCUUGGAUAUAGGUGACUGGCCUGUGGCUAAACGGAAUAAGUCGCGAUUACGGUCGCCACGGAAGAAGCAGUAG